UUCAUUCUCAACAAGUCUCAUCACUCUACAAAACACUUCCCCUCUCUCUCUCUAUCUCUCAAACCAAAGCUCCAAGAUGAAGUAUCUGAUCCGCCGUCUCUCCCGCGUCGCCGACUCCGCUCAUUACAACCUCCUCCGGUCCGAUUCACAACGACCGAGCCGCCGUCCCGAAUCUUUCCUCCGGUCUUCGAUGGCUCGCCGCUCAAAGAAGCAUACAUCAUGUGUUCCCCAAGGUUACGUACCGGUCUACGUAGGAGAGGAGAUGGAGAGGUUCGUCGUGAGCGCGGAGCUACUUAACCACCCGGUUUUCAUCGGUUUGUUAAACCGGUCUGCUCAGGAGUAUGGUUACGAGCAAAAAGGAGUUCUACAAAUCCCAUGCCACGUUCUUGUCUUCGAGCGCGUCAUUGAGUCUCUUCGUCUUGGAUCAACUGUGCCAAGUGACCUUCAAGAUCUAAUCGGCGACGAGACGAUUUUUUAGACGAAUCUUUGGUAGUUAGCGAUUUUUGUUCAGAUACGAAGUAUUACGAAGUAAUAGUUCGUCUUUGUUGAUAAUGUACAGAGCUAUAUAUGUAUUUCUUUCUCUUUUUGAAGAUUUGUUUGUUGCAAAUUUCAUAAUUUUUCGCCGGUUUAAUAACCGGUUAGACAUUCUUGUGAAGAUAUAUAUAUGGAAAUUGGUUCGGUUUGGAUAUGAAU